AUGGAUAAUCCGACGGUGGACCAUUUUUCCGUUCCUUGGGAAGCCCUGGCCACUUCUCCAACUUCCCCCCAGACUCCACUCUUCUGCAUGCAAGAUGCUGUCCUCUUAAUUCUAGCCGUCUUCUCCCAGCCAGAUGCGAUUACUCACCCCGAGGAGCAACCCCUGGCUUCUGGUUCGUUUUUCUGGAUUGGUAUUGGGAGGAUUUUGGUAUCGUUAACCAUCACAAUGAACCCGGAAGAUACCAUAUUAUGAUACAUCUCUUGAAAUGGCUCUUGGGCUCCUAAAAAAUGUCAUUUUUGACACUCCUCCUCCCAAUGUACACGUUAUCUGAACCUUACCGAAGAAUUUUAGGGUUCAUAGCCUUUUUCGUAUUUUCCCAGGUCCUACCAAAACGGAAAAGCUUCCCAAAGGUUCUUCCGAAAAAAGAUCUUCUAAGGGUCCCCAAGUUCCUCUUUUCAACGUCUAUUGAAAGAAAAGGCUAAAAAGGUUCCUCAGAGGCUAAGACCCCCCCCGCUGAUUUUUCAAGGAUGAUAUUUUUUCCCAUCAUUUCCAGGCUUUUUGGCGGAACCUUUUCAUCUCCUUCUGAGUGUCCCAAGGAACUUUUCCGUUUUACGUAUUAAUAAAUCUCAGACUCAUUGAUAUGUCAAGAAAUAUAGUCCAUUCCAGGAUCUUCCCGUCAAAAAAAUACCGUAUACCUAAUCAGAACAAAAUUGAGCUUCUGUACUCCAAUUCCACUACAAAUAGCUUCCGAAAAAAAACUUUCCUGGGGUCUUAUUUUUUUUUUUUUUUUACAGGGAUUUUUCUAGUUUUUUUGAAAAAUCUGUGUUUUUGAAGUUAAUGUUAUCGAGAGAUAUUUUUUUCAAGAUUUUUUUGCUUUUUUUGAUUUUUUUAGUUUUUUUCGAUUAUUUCGGACCUUUUCAGUUGGAAUUUUUCCAAGUCGUUGUUCUUUUUUUCAGUUUUUCUUUGAAAAAUCCCCGAAUAAAUAACACAGAAACGCUUGACGUUCAUGUUCUCGGGGAGCCAAUUUCUUAAGAAAAUUUUUUUUCCUAAUUUUGGAUAUUUUUUAAAGGUCAGUAUAGCUUUUACAGUUUUUCAAGCCUUUCAAAGUUCAAAUUGUUUUUUUCGGCAGUUUUGAGCCUUCACCUUUUUGAAAUUGAAUAUUUACCUGUUUUAAGGUGAAAAAAAUUCAGGUAGUGCCGCUAGGAAUGCUUUUCCUGGCCUAUAG